AUGACUCAAGCUGGACAAGAAUUUGGAAGAAAUUUCUUAGACGACACUGCACAAGGAUUUGCUGUAGAAGGACAUCGUUUAGCCACGGAUUUGGAUAAACAAGCACCCCAUUUCUUUCAGACUUCGGCGUCUAUAAUCCGAGCGGCCGUUAAUGAAACACAACGUGUUGUUAGAGUCAUAACUAUAAUUCUCUUUACACUAGCGAUUCUUCUAUUGCUAAUGUAUGUAGGGUGGAAGUACAUCUGCGAUCGUUAUCGGUUAUAUCGACAGCGGAAGAAAAGUCAAAUGGUUGCUAAAUACAUCAACAACGAUCGCCGUGUACACUUCAGCGAUCAGCCACAAAUCAAUUACAGCAGCGUACCAGAAAUGAAAGAAAUGAAGGAUGGCGAAGGAGUAAAUUCUUCAGGGUCAACUCCCACAGAUAGAACAACAGUGGACAUCAUUGACUUCCUACCACAGAUACAUUCCCUAAUGUCCAUAAAGGAACAUAGAUACCGACUUCCGUAUGUACGCGUACCUAUAGAUGGUCAAUAUCGACUUUGUCUUUUUGACACUGACUCGACCAUAACCUACAUUCGAAAAAGCAUUGUACCUUACCACAAAUGGGAGGAUUUGCAAUCUGUCGGUAAGACAGCAUGA